AUGGAGGUCCACCGUACAACCGUCGUUCGUAUCUGGAAGGCAUUUCAACAAAACGCACUGCUGCCUUCGAUAAAAGCUCGCCGGUCCGGUCGCCCGCCGGUGUACACACCAGAAGCUAUCGCCAGCACUGUUCGCGAGCUGACGCAGUCGCUUCGCUCCACGAUGAGUGACAUGUCCGAAGCCACAGGCAUCCCGCUCGGCUCGCUCCACCGCGCCUUGACAGCCGGGACGCUUCAACGCCGAUCGACACGCAUCAAGCCCUUGCUAUCCGACACGAACAAGGAGCAACGUGUCGUAUUUUGCCGCUCGCACGUUCGUCCCUCCGGUCUUCCCGAAACCCUGGUUUUCGACGACAUGUGGGAUGUUGUGCACCUUGAUGAAAGUGGUUCAAUGCGGACAAGCACCAAGCGGUUCAUUCCCACAGUCACGUUCCUCGCGGCGGUGGCGCGUCCUCGACAUGAUCCAGAGAGUGACGUCAACUUCGAUGGAAAGAUCGAAUAUGGUCUUUGGGUUGAGUUCCUACCUGCUGUGCGCAGCUCGGGCAACCGGCCGGCGGGAUCGCUCGUCCCAACCUUGGUGAACCUGGACGCCGCUGUCUACCGCAAGUAUGUCAUCACUCGAGUCAUUCCAGCCAUCAAGUUGAAGUUCCCUACAGCGAACAAGCGCGUUGUACUCCAGCAUGACAAUGCAACACCCCAUGGUAGCCUUAUCGACGCUGACUUUGCGAGCGUGUCCACGGACCGGUGGACCUUUGUUGUGCGGUGCCAGCCACCAAACAGCCCAGAUCUCUUUGUCUUGGAUCUGGGUUUCUUUGCUUCGAUCCAAACUCUUCAGUACAAGUUGGUUAGUCGAUCUUUGGGUGAGUACUCCAAACAACUGGCGACCGCCGUUCACGUACCACCGACACGGGCGCCGAAGUACAGCGCUGUAGCAGCGAAUCCUACGCUGCAACACAUUGACGGCCUUCUGGACAAGCAAGCCAACCCCGACCAACCCGACGAAACGUGCGACCUUCUUGGGCCGCCCUUUGCGUUCACUGCCGACGAAAUGCUUGCGUACAAGCAGGCGGAAGACAUUGCCCUUACCUCGGAUAUCCCCCCCUCCAACUUUCGCCACUUUAUCCGCCAUCUCAUUGUGAACCACGGGCUUCCACUCGACCUCGGCUCGGCCACCACCAAUCUCGCAAACCGCACCACCAACGAUGUUGUCUAUGAUGCGAUCUCAGCGGCCGACGAUAAUGGGGUGUGUCUGCUCAUCACCUAG